AACUCGAUCCAUCAACACCUCUGUGCUUUUCACGUCUACGCGCAUGAUCGCACUCGGCACAUUGAAGCACAUCACUACUGUUAUCACAGGAGUCAUGACUUGCAUCAAUGCGUUAUCUACGAUUCGGAUGAGCCUAAUGCUAGGCUUAUUGGCAUAGAGUAUCUUGUCUCAGAGAAGGUUUUUGCGUCUCUUCCGCCGGAAGAGAGGAAGUACUGGCACUCUCACAAGUACGAGGUCAGCUCUCCAUACCCUAUAGCACCCAAACUUUGUUUGACCGUCCCAUUUACAGGCGCAGUGACAGAUGCUGCAGAGCAGCCCGCCAUGCUCGAACUUCAGAAAACAUACGGGAAAACAAUCCACACGUGGGCUAUCGACGAGCACCCUGACCUCCCGCUAGGUCCGCCGAACCUCAUGAUGUCAUAUACCGCAGAUGGGCAAAUACCCCUCGAGGUCCUCAAGAAACGUGAUGAGAAAUGGGGCAUGGAUACGGAGGGGAAGAGGAAGCUGAGGGCA